AUGAGCUGCCGCAAUGGAAGAAAUGCCGCCACUUCCACUUCCAGAUCCUAUUCAUCUCUGGCAGAUCCUAUCAAGCUCCACUCCCUCCACGACGUGCUCGCGGCCAUCGAUUCCUUGAAAUCCCCCCAAAGCAUCGCGACCUACGCCUCUGCCAUCCGACUUUGCGGGAAUUCGAGAUCGCUCUCCGCCGCCAGGCGAAUCCGCGAUCACCUCGUUGGAAAUGGCUGGGAUCGAAACACCUUCCUCGGCAAUCUCCUGGUGGAAUUGUUUGGCAAAUGCGGCAGCUUGGACGAGUCCCGCCGGGCAUUCGAGAGAAUCGCGACGCCCAACACCUACUCAUGGAACAUCAUGACGGCAGCCUACACCGGCAAUGGGAAUCUCCACGAUGCCAGGAGGAUCUUCGCCCAGAUGCCCGACAAAGAUAUCGUGUCGUGGAACGCCAUGGUUACCGCAUAUUCCCAGGCGCGGCAUUUUCUGCCUGCACUAGACAUGUUCGACAAGAUGCCGCAGUGGGAUGUCUGGUCGUGGAACGCAAUCAUGAGGGUAUAUUCUCUGUCUGGCUCUCUCGACACCGCAAAGGAUCUUUUUGACAAGAUGCCUCAGCGGACAAUCGUGUCCUGGAACACGCUGGUUGCGGAAUAUGCCCAGAAACGGCAUCUCCGAGAUGCCGUGGAAAUGUUUGAGAAGAUUCCAAUGAGGGAUAUGGUGCUGUGGAACGAGGUGGUCAUGGUCUUCCUUGACGUGGGAAUGGCGAACGAGGCCAUCGAGCUCUUGGAGGCGAUGCCGCAGCGCGAUACCGUCUCUUGGAACACGCGAACGAAGGCGUUUGUGCAGAUUGGAGAUCUCGUAAAUGCAAAGAGGUCGUUUGAUUCCACUCCAAAGCCGGACUUGGCAUCAUUUACUACAAUGGUGGCGGCGUUUUCGCAGCAGGGGAAGCUCCGAAACGCGAGAGAGAUGUUCGAUCGGAUGCCCUGUCGAGACACCGUGGCGUGGACGGCAAUGGUCUCGGCUUAUGCCCAAAACGGGCAUGUCAGCAGCGCGAGAAAUCUGUUCCAUGAGAUGCCAGAGAAGAACCUGGUGUCGUGGAAUGCAAUGGUGGCGGCUUACGGACAGAACUGCGAUGGAGCUACUGCAGUUCAUCUGUUUAGAUUGAUGGAUCUUGAGGGUAUUCAAGUGGAUUCUAUAAGUUUGGUGAGUGCUUUGGAUGGAUGUUCUUCGAAGACAGCUCUGGCCGAAGGGAGAAUUCUCCAUGCUGCUGCUGUGGAGCUGGGCUUUGAUCAAGAUACAACGGUUGCAAACUCGCUAGUUGCAAUGUAUGCGAGCUGUGGAUGCCUUGGUGAAGCUCGCAAGCUGUUUGAUGGAAUUCUAGCAAAGAAUGUGGUGUCUUGGUCGACCAUGGUCGCUGCUUACGCACAGAACAGCAAGACUCAUGAAGCACUUCACCUGUUUAGAACUAUCCCGCUUGAAGGAGUGAUGCCAAACGAGGUGACUCUCACAAUUGUCUUAAGCCUGUGUAGUCAAACUGGUAAAUUACACGAUGCAAGGGAGAACUUCAUACUUGUGACUGGAGAUUUUGGAAUUGAGGCACGAAUGGAUCACUUCAUGUGUAUUGUGGAUCUUAUUGCAAGAUCGGGGAGAUUAGAAGUGGCAGAGGAGCUAAUAAACAACAUGCCAUUUGAGGCAGAUCCUUUGGCAUGGAGGACACUGCUUAGUGCUUGUAGGAAUCAAGAGAACUCAAAGCUUGGAGCCCAGAUUGCUGGCCAAGCACUUGAUGCAACAAUGUCAGAUUCAGCUUCUUAUGUUCUCUUGUCAAAUAGCUUCUGUUGA